UUGGCUCAUGCACGAACCCCACCCCGUUAUUUCCUACCCUGACAGGGGGGGUUAUUGUUCUCCUAACUUCUAAUUCUAGAGUAAAAUGCAGAUUUGAUCGACAAAGGCGCUUGAAUAUGAUCUGCAAUGGCCAACAGAGGGUCUGGACGUGGAUUUAAGUGGCGGUGACCACCCAAAACAGAGCCAUUUUUAGACAUUUGCUGCUGACGUUUACACGGGCUUCAAAUAGCUUCCGUUUCACUCUGGUAGUGAUUGGACUGUUCGGCACUAAGAGGGAGCUAACACCGCCUCAACCAGUCCGACAUUCUUCACUUCAAUGGAGGAACAGCCCAAAGAUCGGGCACAAGACAGGCAAAACCAUCACCACGGAGAGGACAGAAACUAUACUCAACACACACUUCGUCUGAAACAUGAUCAGAGCCACAUCCAGUGCCAGCAUCAGGAAACGCAGGCGAAGAAAACAGGCAAUAAAAAAGUAAACGUCAGUGACGGGGAAGGGGAGAAGAACGCACACCUACCUGAUGCUGUUGGUAUGCUCCAUUCUUCAAGCAGCAAUGGUAACAGACACUUGAGUAACUCGCAUGUGAAGCAAAAGGGAACACAGAGACACCACGCACCCGCUAUGAAAGUAAGCAACAAAGGAUUGGACUACAAGAAGACUAUGGACCUUAAAAAUGAGAAGGAAAAGACCCCAGAUUUGAGUCCUCACGAGGCCCAGCCUUCAGAGAAGAAAGACUCUGCUUUGCUUCAGAACGGUGUUGUAAACUGUGGCUUAAUUACAAAUGGCUACUCUAGCAAGGAUAACGAUGGGAGCGGCUCUGAGGGUGGAUACACCACCCCAAAGAAACGCAGGACCCGGUGUAACAACGUCAAGAACUUUGCUGAUGUGACAAAAGAAAAGGAGAAGGACGCGCAACCCAGCAACAGUAUGCAGGAACAAAGGGCUUUGAACCUUGAUCCGGCCGAGAAAGGACUCUCCUGUAGAACUGAUGGCUUUAAAUCCACCCAUAAAGCAGAAACCCAGUCAGCUGCACCUGGCGAAUGUCAGAGGAAAAACUCUGACGGCAAAGCAGCUGCCACUUUUAAUAAAAAAAUGGAGGAAAAGCAGAAAGGCAAGAACUCCUCACCUUCUAAAGAGGACUCGUGGACUUUGUUUAAGCCCCUUCCAGCUUUUCCUGUGGACAAUAGCAGUGCUAAAAUUGUUCCCAAGAUCAGUUAUGCAAGUAAAGUAAAAGAGAACCUCAAAGUAGCUCAAGGUGGAGAAGAGGCAGCUCCUCCUCCUGUGAGAAUGUCACAGGUUCCAAUGUCUGCUAUGAAAACGAUCACCUCAGCUAGCUUUACUAAUGGUCCUGUUUCUGGAAAUGGAAACUGCUGCCCGACUGUGGGGAUCUUUUUUGCUCCUGCUGCUAGUAGUCUUCAAUCAGCUCCAUCUAUUCCAAGUGGCGAGAAUGUAGCAACGUCUGUGGACAGUAACUGUAGCUCUACAACCAGUCCUGUCGAUGGAGAAACCUAUGAACUUCAGAAGUGUUCUCUUUUAAUCUACCCUUUAAAUAUGCAACCUUUGCUCCCCAGCGCUCGUCACCUUGACCCACCGGCCGCUCAGACAAAUCAGAAAGCCCUGAGAGACAUCUUUCAGAAUCAGUGGGGGCUGUCCUUCAUCAACGAACCCAACUUGGGGCUGGACGGAGGAAACGGGCUCAUAGCUGCGGAGGACCAGACUCCUGUGACUUCUCAGAGCGAGGCUAGGGCUGUGACGACCACGACCACCCAUCCUUGCCUCAACGCUAUGCCGUCAUUGGUAGAAUCUUGCACUUUGUCUCAAGACUCGCAGAAAAGAACUUGUGCCCCUUGCCAAGCAUCAAACCCCUGUUCUCCUGCUUGCAUGGUCAGCGAGGAGGAGACAAAGUUGCUUCCUUGUAGCCAGGGCAAGACUAAAGCUGAGACCAAGGGUGCAAUUACUUCAAUGUCAACCUCCAGUAAAGACAACGGUGCCAAGUCUGCACAGGGCCAACAGACCACGCUGUUGUUUGGCUCUCCUAAAGAACAGAUCCAUUCUAAAGACACUAGCAGGAGGUGUAGCUUGGGCUCCUUUGACCUUAAAGCUGCUGUCACCUAUCACACUAAAGAAAUGGAAUUCAUUUUCCACAUUCAAAAACAAGAUCCAAAAAGAAUAGUGAUUUAUGAUGAGACCAAGGAUGGACCGGGUCAGUGAGGCAGAUCAUCUUCACUUCUCACCGUCUCCUCUUCUGGGUGCUGCAGUUAUUUACCUUGGAAAACUCAAAUCCUUUUGGAUGAAUCAACCGCCAAUUGUGAAGACACUGAUAGUCAAGCAUGAUUUUCCUGGGAUUCUUGGGUGUAAUAACAGAACUUUGAGAGGGGGGGGCGUCAGACAAACAUUCAAAAAGGACGUAUGAGGAGCUGAUCGGUGCCUCUGCAACAUAAUGAAUGGACUCUCCGUCUUCAGAGCAGUGGUUGAUACUUGUCUUAUGGCUGAAGGGAUGACAUUACAAAGGAAGGUGUGUUGGACUGCACCUCCAUAAGCCUUUACCCCAUAGAACUGUGGGGGUCGUCAGUCUGGCCGUGGGAUGCCUCCAUCAUUUUUGUUUCUGGCGCAUUCAGAUGAGUUAUUGUACAUAUUUUAGACGUUACGCAUACACAUCCGUGUACAAACUUGAAUUCAUUGUGAAUGACAGGUGAAGACACUAGAAGAAUGCCUUUCAAAAGGUGGAAUAAAGGUGUUUGGAGCCCUGGUAGAAUUCUAGUCCCACCUGAUAAAUGAGGCCCCGUCCCCCUGAAAAGGAAACCCCAUCUUUAACCCAGAUAUCUGAAACGAAAUGCUGUUUUAGCAGACUUAACCCAAGUGUUAUUUGCAUUAUUGUUGUUUGGGCUCAGAGCGCAGGUACUACAGUGCCCAAUCUGAACAAAAGUUACGCCCCUUCAGCCUCGCUCUGUUAGCUCUGAACAUCUGUUAAAUCUACCACCUUUUCAUUUCAAUUUCAUCAGAUAUUUCACGCAGACGCUCAUCGGGUUCACGGACGUUUUCUGGGUACGUGUGUGGGUGUGCGCGCAUAAAAACGUGUCGGCUCCUAAAAGUGAUUUCUGUUGCUUCCAGUAAUGUGCAAUUUGGGCUCACAACACUCAGGAUACGUCUACAAAUGAUUCUCCCAUAACUGUGUUUACCUCCUCUGUCAUAGAAACAUGCAUUCUCCCUUGUCAGCGUUUUAAUGCUCUUUACCGUUCUGCUUCUUGGGUUCUGUUGCGUGUUUACAGGUGCACAUGUCCGACGUCACAGUUCAUCUCUGCACAACUGCAAUAACAAUCCCAGCUUUUCAGCCUCAUCACACUGUUGAAAUGUAAAGAGGAGUUUGUGCUGCAAACAUCACGUGACAUGGGUGAGCCACAGACUGACCACCCAAAACGCAGGUGGAAGCGGCCUGUUUCAGGUCUUCACCUUGGGUGAAAAAGACCCCCAAAUCCCUCCGUCGCUCAGCUGUGGCUUCACCCUAAUCACCAACUUCAAAUCAGGACUGCACAAGCGAACGCUCCGGUUCUUUUUCCUCCUAAACGUUAACGAUGGGAUUUGGUUCGUGUGUGGAUUAACGGCACUUUAUGUAAACAAAUGACCUUUAUCAUAAAUACUUAGAAAAUCUAUAUGUACUAGCAUUAAUCCUUGAAAGAAUGACUUUGGGCUGUUACUUAAAAAAAAAAAAGUUAAAUACAGAAUUAUUAAAUGUAUCUCAGGUAGUGUUGAUAAAGCCAUGACCAUGUUCAAGAUUUUAUUUUAGUUUUUAGCCAAAUGGCCCCUUUUUAUGUAAUUUUCUCCCACUGAAAUGACUGUUUCCACACAGUCUGUUGUCAUGACAACACAUCCAAUCAAUGCUUCAGAGGAGAGCUGCCAUUGAUCACCAUAUGAGGUUGUACAUGAUUUUCUACUUCCCCUGCGUCCUCUGCUGGGACCCUGCAGCGUCUAUGGUCGGUUUGUUCAUCUUUUGAUUUUUCUGCAGAAUAAUUCCAGCUGGGCUUCUCCUGUUUGCUUCUCAAAUCGACGUCGCACACGGGCAGAAAGGGAAGUUUGCAUCUGCAGCCAUGUUUUUGUUUUGUUUUUUAUCAAGAGGACGAGCUACUCCGUGUAGGUGUGGGAGGCGCUGUGCUGGUUAAAACUUGAGUCCCGCUCAGCCCAGUUGCUUCAGUUCAAAGCAAAAAAGCUCCUUGCUGGUAGCAUUCAUACUUCUAAUUUUUUAGUGUGUGUAUUUGUGGAUGUGGCUCACCCUGAAUACAAACUUCAUUUUGUCUGGUUGCACAGAAUCUACAGACAAAUUUACCCAAUCUUAUUUGUGCAGAACAGCUGAGCGUGAUGCCAGUGCACCCUGGGGGAUGGAGACGCUUCUAUCCAACUUAAAGAUCAGCUCCUGCUCAUGUUUGACGAGGUUGGCUCCUCACAACCUUGAGCUUCUCUUCUCCUUUGUUUUCAAAGCACUUAAUACAGCAGCAAGGCUAUGCUGAAUAUGCAUUUACAGAGAAAAGAGUUUGGCAUUGUAGCCUGCAAACCAAAAACAGAGGUUCUCCAGGCUGCUGGUUGAUCAGUAGUGUGACUGUUGGAGGCAGGAGCCUGUGUGGUUCUGUGCCUCUAGCUUGUGAGGGCAUUGGUCGGGUGAGUGCGUAGAAAGUUCUUCCUAUUAUAUGCAAGUUUGACUUUGAUUUAGCCCCUUACGGUUUAUGUCCUUGUGCCUGUUUGAGGGGGAAGGAAAUACUUCCACGGCUUUUUUGAUUGUUCAAAACCUGCUUCCAGCAAACACAUGUGCCAUUUAUUUGAUCUUUUGUAACAUUUGUUUUAUUGUUUUUCUUUUUUUACACCCCCCACCCCCCGCGCAUUGAACCUAUUUGAAAGUAUUGGGAUUGUCAUGGCCUGCAUUGGUGUGGAUGGAUGACUGUUUGCUGAUGUAUACUCGUAGUAGUCAAGCUUCUUGUCAGAUUUAGCACAGAACUGUAAUUUCAGCUCACUCAAAGAAAUAUUUCGACACGUUCUUAAAGAGAUGUUUCUUUUUUUGUGUUUUUAACUUGAUUUAUCCGUAGAUGCAGACUUAGGAGAAUUAAAAAUCAAGCUUUUUCAGCUUUAGGAUGUUUUAGUUGAGUUGAACCUUAAACCCAUUUUUAAUUUCCACAGUAGAACCAAUGCUAAUAUAUUAUUUAGUCCAACAGAUUUGAAGUAAACACUAAAUCUAGAGGUCCUCUUAAUAUAUUCUUAAUUGCUGUGGUGUUGACUGAGGUGCAGUUCAAAAACCAGGUGCACUAUUCAGAUAUUCAGCUACUUGAUGACAAACGCACAGAGGUGUGGCUCGAGGGUGGGCCCCCCCCCCCCCCCCCCCCCAACUAAAGAAAUCCACUUCCUGAGAAGGUUUCUGUAGCUGCUGAGCCUCCCCUUUCCUUUUUGACAGUGCAAAAGGAGACUCCCCCACCCCAAAAAAAUGUUCAACAUAAGCCGAAAGUGCUGCUUCUUCAUCCGCCUAUCGGUCUUCUGGAAUGGGGAAAUGCUGGACUAAAAAUCCCUUCCCCAUCCUUUUGUCUCACCCUCACCCAUCCAAUGUUUGGUUUUGAGGCGUACAGUGUUUUAGCUUCUGCCUAUGAGAGCAAGGAAACAAAGAUGUGUCUUUACAGAAUUCAGACAUUAAAGAUACCGUCUUCUGGCAUAUAAUUGUUUUUUUUCUUCUUCCUGUGUCAUCUCAAGCAGAUAUUUGUUUUUUAAAGGUUUUUGCUCUUCACUUUUCCAUCUUUUAUGCCCAUAAAAACGAGGCAAUAAUAUUUCUUUUUCUACUGUCUUACAGGUCGGCAUUCAUGUUUUUUUUUUUUUUAGUUGAGCAGUCUUAUUAUUUAAUUAUUUUUGUUUUGAUUUAACAAGUGUCACAUUACAAUGUUAUUGUUUUUUUAAGCAUGACAGUAACCCUCUGAUUCCAAACAAUGUAAUAGUCGAAAUGAAAAAAACAAAACAAAUAAAACUCCAGUGUUCACUGUUUUAGUUUCCAAUAAAAUAUCAGUUUCAUCAACAUUCAAA